CCCUCUGCCCUCCGUACCCAAACCGAAAAUCUGAAAAAAACAAAAAAUCAAAAAACAAAAUUUUUUCAGUUCCGCCGUCGCUCUUACCUACUCCGCCACUUCCAUUCGGAUCUCCGGCGAGUCUAUCCCUAGUUUAUUCACACGCGCACAGAAGCAAAAUCCGAAAACAAAAAAAAUCUCCGAGUUACCUUUGUGAGAAGUGGUUAGGUUUUGGUUUAUCAGAGGCGGUGAUGGCGCAGAUUCAGGUGCAGCACCAGAGUCCCGUGUCGGCUCCUCAAAACGGCGUCGCUCCUGCUCCGAACGCGAACCAGUUCGUGACGACGUCGUUGUACGUCGGCGAUCUUGAUCAGAAUGUGAACGAGUCGCAACUCUACGAUCUGUUCGACCAGGUCGGUCAAGUCAUGACGGUUCGUGUUUGCAGGGACUUGAGCACGCGUCGAUCCCUCGGUUACGGUUAUGUUAAUUACAGUAACGCUCAGGAUGCGUCAAGAGCACUGGAUGUGCUAAAUUUCACUCCACUGAACAACAAGCCUAUUAGGGUCAUGUAUUCUCAUCGAGAUCCUAGUAUUCGGAAGAGUGGUACUGCUAAUAUUUUUAUCAAGAAUUUGGAUAAGGCAAUUGAUCACAAAGCUUUACAUGAAACUUUUUCUUCUUUUGGACAUAUUCUUUCUUGCAAAAUAGCAACUGAUGGCUCUAGCCAGUCGAAAGGAUAUGGUUUUGUUCAAUUUGACAAUGAAGAAUCUGCACAGAAUGCCAUUGACAAGUUAAAUGGCAUGCUGAUCAAUGAUAAACAAGUCUACGUAGGUCCUUUCCUACGAAAGCAAGAUAGAGAUAAUGCUCUCAGUAAGACAAAAUUCAACAAUGUCUAUGUGAAAAACCUAUCGGAUUCAUUGACCGAUGAGGACUUGAAGAAAUUUUUUGGAGAAUAUGGGUCCAUUACUAGUGCUGUAGUAAUGCGAGAUGGAGAUGGUAAAUCAAAGUGCUUUGGAUUUGUUAAUUUUGAAAAUCCAGAUGAUGCUGCUAAAGCUGUUGAGGCACUUAACGGAAAGAAGUUUGAUGACAAGGAGUGGUAUGUUGGAAAAGCCCAGAAAAAAUCUGAACGUGAGCUUGAACUGAAAGGACGAUUUGAACAGACUGUAAAAGAAGCUGUUGAUAAAUAUCAAGGUGUUAACCUGUAUCUGAAGAACUUGGAUGAUAACAUCAGUGAUGAAAAACUUAAAGAAAUGUUCUCCGACUUUGGUACAAUAACUUCAUGCAAGAUUAUGCGAGACCCACAUGGAAUCAGUAGAGGCUCAGGAUUUGUUGCCUUUUCAACUUCUGAGGAAGCAUCUCGAGCUCUCGGAGAGAUGAAUGGUAAAAUGAUUGCUGGCAAACCUCUGUAUGUUGCACUUGCACAGAGAAAAGAAGAGAGAAGAGCAAGGUUACAGGCCCAAUUUUCACAAAUGAGGCCCGUUGCAAUUGCGCCUUCUGUUGCACCCCGUAUGCCACUCUACCCUCCCGGUGCUCCCGGUAUGGGACAACAAUUUUUGUAUGGGCAAGGACCUCCAGCCAUGAUUCCUCCUCAAGCUGGAUUUGGUUACCAGCAGCAACUUGUUCCUGGGAUGAGACCUGGUGGUGCUCCAAUGCAAAGCUUCUUUGUUCCAAUGGUUCAGCAGGGCCAACAAGGCCAACGUCCAGGUGGACGUCGAGGAGCAGGUCCUUUACAACAACCCCAGCAACCUAUGCCAUUGAUGCAGCAGCAGAUGCUCCCAAGGGGACGUGUCUACCGUUACCCUCCUGUUCGCAGCAUGCAAGAUGUUCAACUGCCUGGAGUAGCUGGAGGAAUGAUGUCAGUCCCUUAUGACAUGGGUGGUCUGCCAAUCCGGGAUGCUGUGGGACAGCCAAUGCCCAUUCAGGCUUUGGCUACAGCCCUUGCAAAUGCUCCUCUUGAGCAACAGAGGACUAUGCUUGGAGAAGCUUUAUAUCCGCUAGUAGAUCAGCUGGAACAUGAUGCAGCAGCUAAGGUUACAGGCAUGCUUUUGGAGAUGGACCAGCCUGAAGUAUUGCAUCUGAUUGAGUCACCAGAUGCUCUCAAGGCAAAAGUUGCUGAAGCCAUGGAUGUGUUGAGAAAUGUUGCUCAACAGCAAGCCAACAGCCCAGCUGAUCAACUAGCCUCACUCUCUCUCAAUGACAAUCUUGUGUCUUAGAUCCUGUUAAGCCUGUUGGCAAGAAUCCCCACCCCUCCCCUUUUGGCGUUUAUUUCAUGGUCUCUUCUCUUAGAUAUUUCCUUGGCGUUUAUUUCAUGGUCUCUUCUCUUAGAUAUUUAUGCUGUCAGUUAGUACUAAGCUUGUUAUGUGUUUUUGUGUUUCUGGCUUGCUGUAGGAUUAGUAACUCUUGUUGGAUUGAUUAACUUGUGGAUUUACUGUUUUAUUUCCUUUUCGGUACUACUAGAUUCUUUGUUUGAUUGCUGGAGUAUGUUUGACGUGGGCAAGUUUUUUAUUCCUUAUUAACUAAGUGCUGGUUAAAAUUUUGAGUAAAUCC